CCAUUCUUCUCUUUUCAUUUUCUCUCAUCAAAAAAGCUUUCCUUAACAUGGUGCAGCAAGCAUUGUACAGAGCUCUGGUCUCUACCAAAUGGCUAGCAGAAGCUGUCCAAGCCAAAAAGAUUGGCCCUGUCUUGCGGGUGCUAGACGCUUCCUGGUAUGAACCUGGAACAAGAGACGCCCGGAAAGAAUUCCAGGAGAAACAUGUGCCUGGUGCCUCUUUUUUUGAUAUUGAAGAAUGCAAAGACAAGUCAUCACCUUAUGAGCUUAUGCUGCCCAGUGAGAAACACUUUGCCGAUUACGUUGGCCACUUGGGCAUUGGCAAUGACACACAUGUAGUUGUGUAUGAUGGAGACAACUUGGGCACCUUCUACGCACCACGGGCCUGGUGGAUGUUCCGAGUCUUUGGGCACCGAACUGUUUCAGUGCUGAAUGGGGGGUUCAAAAACUGGGUGAAGGAGGGUCACCCAGUGACAUCGGAGAUCACCCGGCCAAAGCCAUCUGCCUUCAAAGCCACCCUUAACAGGUCUCUCCUGACGACCUAUGAAGACAUGUUGGAGAACAUGGAAUCCAAGCGGUUUCAGGUAGUGGAUGCCAGGUCUGAAGGGCGAUUCCGAGGAACAGAACCUGAGCCAGGGAAGGAAGGGAUAGAACCAGGUCACAUUCCAGGCACCACAAACAUGCCUUUCUUCAACUUCUUGACUGAGGAAGGACUGGAAAAAAGCCCAGAAGAAAUCCAGAGCAUGUUCCUGGAGAAGAAAGUGGAUCUCUCAAAGCCACUGAUUGCCACUUGCCGCAAGGGGAUUACAGCUUGCCAUAUUGCCUUGGCAGCAUAUCUGUGUGGUACACCAGAUGUGGCCAUCUAUGAUGGAUCCUGGUCAGAGUGGUUUCGUCGUGCCCCACCUGAGUAUAAAAUGUCUGAAUGGAAUCUCCAUAAGGCAUAAUAACUCAAUUUUCUGUGAAGUAUAGUUCUUAAUACUUUCUAAGAAUGAUGAAAUGGAUAGGGAAAUGGGUGAAGCUUCCAAUCUUUUAUAAUUUUCUCAUUUUCUAACCUAUCGUUGCUGUUUGUUUUUUCAAACUGGUAGUUAAAUAAAAUUGAAUCUCAGGUCAAGUA